AUGUCAUCUUCCUACGCAAAUCCCGUACCCACUCCGGGUGACUCGUCUUCAUUCGUCGACCCGUCAAGCGCGGGGACGGAGAGCCAGCAGGCGAAGCGUAGACGAAUCAACUUCGCCUGCAACUACUGCCGCAACCGCAAGACGCGCUGCGACGAGCAGAAGCCGUCAUGCAGAGCCUGCAUCGCCGCCGGGAUCGAGUGCGUCACCACCGACCGCCGGCGUCCCGGCAUCGAGGUGCAGCGGCGCGAGACGAAGCGCCGCAUGUCGCGGGCGUCCACCUCGUCCCUGCCGCAGCCCGCGACUCCGGCUGGACCCUAUGCGUCGCCUCAGUCUACCAGAGGCGGUGAAAUCUGCCACAGCUCGGUGGACGCUGCUAUUCCCAGGCAUAAGAGCUCACCUUCUGUGGCUGACCUCAGCCAUGAUGAGAGCUCAAAAGACUCUCACUCCACAACGACAGGACCAACACCGAGGACAAGGAACUCAACAUCAGUACCCGCUACUCACACAGCUCCUCCUCAGGAAGAGGAAGAGCCUCAUAACAGUAAUGGAAAGUUCCAAGGAAAGUUACCCGUAGUACGACCAAGCCGGCACAGUACCUCGGUCGAGAUCCUAGCCGACUGGUUGGAUCUCGCCUCGCGCCGGCUGGGUCUGCAGCACAGGAGGGGUCUUCCGCCGCCGCCGAGUAACCCACCUAGUAGCAGAAUCCGCGCGCUUCUUACAUCGGAGCCUUGUCGCUUUCCUCCAGCCGGAUGCGCGCGCUUGUUGGCGGCCAGGUUCUUUGACGGCGUCAACAUUCUUUACCCUCUACUUAACCGCGACCGGUUCCAAAAGGACCUUGACUUGGCCCUGGAGUCGGGCCCGGUAGAGCUUGCCGAGACUAGGGGCGUGGCGAUCCUCGCUCAGAUGUACCUGAUCUGGUCCAUCGGGUUCUCCGCCGAACCACUCCUCGACCCCGUCGUAGAUCCAAGGGAGUACCUCGACUACUGCAAGACACUGUUAGGUCACCUCGUCGUCUCCAACAACGUCGAGAACAUCCGAGCGAUUGUCUUGUUGUCGCUGUGUAUGCACUGCUACGACGACUGCGCCGGGGCAUGGAACACGCUCAGCGUCGGCGUCUCCAUGGCCAUCGCCAUGGGGCUGAACAAGCCGCGCACAUGUCGUCGCAAGUGUCAAAACAAGAAACCAGACGCCCUUGACGACGAGGAGCGCCGAAUAUUCUGGCUUGCUAUUUAUGCCUUUGAAAAGUUCCUCUCAUUCGAGAUGGGCCGGUUGUCUUCGAUUGACGACGAAGACUGCUACCCCGCUCAUGUGCAGGAACUUGCGACUUACAAAGAAGCUGAGACAUCCUCCAAAGGCAAAGCGUUCGCGGUGACGGUUGACCUCGCCAGAAUUCUGAGUGAGAUUGGUCGAAAAUCAGUCAUCGUCAGCAGAAAAGAAGACGGCGUUACGGGACCUGCGCUGCAGGCUGUCAUUACCGAGAAGGUUCAGACUACCGGAGAGGCACAGCUGCUCCUCACGAGAUGGGGCGAAUCCGUUCCCGACGAACUUCGUCUCGUCAUCUUGUCGAGGAAUAGUCUCCUCAUCAGCGAAGAAGCCAUAUCGAGCGGCGCCAACAUCAUCGCCAAAGGCAAGCCAUGGGACUACAUGGUUCGGAACGGACCGUCGAUCGCUGCCAAUGCUUCCCGAAAGAUGCUCCGCAUACUCGUAGAGACUCUCGAUUCCAAGUCAAACUCUGUGUAUCCGAGUUUGCUUGUCGCCCUUCAUGCUCUCGUCACGCUAUCAGUCCAUGUCGCCACGCAUCCCGACUCCCGCAUCUCCGCAAUGGACUUUCAUUUGAUCCAAACUGCGGCGGACACAAUGAAGGAGGCCUACUUUCGCCUCCGGGGCGACGCCCUAUUCAACGGCCUCUUGCACAAAAUCGACACGAUUCUGCAGCAGUCAACGCCUGCCACGACACGGCUAGCCGUACAACCCAUACCGCCAGCAGUUCCAGCCGCAUCAACACAAGGAAGCCAAGAUAAUCCUUGGGCAGCCCAAGGCGACGGCACAAGCCAGACGCCAAAUACCUGGGCGGACAACAAUAACCAUAUGAAAGAGGCGGGCCCUACUCCUGACAUGUCGGCAGCACCGAUAUUUAACCAGAACUAUAUCAUCCCCGGCGCCAACGACUUUGGAUACGAUCCCAUGGGCGGCAUUCCUAUGCCGGGUGAUGAGUGGUCGCCGAGCAUGUCCGAUGGAGUCGGAUGGGACUGGUCGUGCUUCUCACAGCUACUGGCUGAUCAGUUCCAACCACAAUGA